AUGUACAGAAUUCCAUACAGUUUGCGAGAUAAAGUAGGAGAACAGUUGGACGAACUUGAGUCUCAGGAUAUCAUUGAACGAGUUAAUGAUCCUACACCGUGGGUCAGUCCAGUCAUAAUUGUACUGAAACCCAAUGGUGACAUUAGAUUGUGCGUCGACAUGAGGCAAGCCAAUGCUGCCAUUAUUCGUGAACGGCAUCCUAUUCCGACAGUGGAUGACAUACUCUACAUGGUGAAUGGUAGCCAAGUGUUUAGUAAGUUAGACCUUAGAAGUGGAUACCAUCAAAUUGAGCUGGAAGAGUCGUCAAGGGAGAUCACUACAUUCGUUACGUACAAAGGUCUCUACAGAUAUAAGAGACUGAUGUUUGGUAUUUCAUCAGCUCCAGAGAAAUAUCAGCAAGUGAUUUCGCAAGUGUUUCAUGACUGUGAAGGAGUGCAGAAUAUAUCAGACGAUAUCGUAAUCUAUGGUCGUGACAAAGCAGAACAUGAUGAGCGACUUCGCAAAGCCUUACAGAGACUCAAAGAUAAAGGUCUGACACUAAAUCUAAACAAGUGUGAAUUUAGGAUGAACAAGAUAACGUUCAUGGGACAUGUCUUGUCAAAGAAUGGUAUAGGACCGACUAGUGAAAGGAUCAAGUCGUUACUCAAUGCUAAAGAGCCAACAAAUGGAUCUGAAGUGAAAAGUUUCCUCGGACUUGUAAACUUUAGUGCUCGUUACAUACCAAAUCUUGCUACUGUGGCAGAACCACUCAGGAGAUUGACAAAGAAAAAUGUGAAGUUUGUCUGGACAGCUGAACAGAAGAAAAGCUUUGACACUUUCAAAAUUUGUUUGUCAAAUGUGAAAACUUUGGGACAUUACAGAUUAGAUGCAGAAAAAACUCAGUUAGUGACAGAUGCUAGCAAUGUAGGCCUAGGAGCUGUCUUACUUCAAGUCAACAAAGGUGAAACACGGGUCAUCAGUUAUGCCAGUCGUACGUUGUCAGCGGCCGAACGCAAUUAUUCAACAAUCGAGAAAGAAGCUUUGGCAGUCGUAUGGGCAUGUGAGAAGUUCCAUAUCUAUCUCUACGGGGUGGAUUUUGAACUAGUCACAGAUCACAAACCAUUAGAAGUGAUUUAUGGAAGAAAAUCCAGACCUAAUGCAAGGAUUGAACGAUGGCUAUUAAAACUUAUGGCUUACAACUUCAAAGUACGUUAUUCACCUGGACAUCAGAAUAUCGCAGAUGCGUUAUCUCGUUUGGUGGAUAAGACACCUGUAGAAAACAGUAAUUCAAAAGACACUGAGCAAUAUGUGAAAUUUAUUGCAAGGGAGGCAACCCCUCAGGCACUGUCGACUCAAGAAGUAGAAGAAGCUUCAAGGAGAGAUGAAGAACUUGUCAGAAUCCGAAAAUUCAUCAAAGAGGGAAAGUGGGAGAAAUCAUGUGUUGAUUAUUUCCCAUUCCGAGAUGAACUUUGUUGUAUUGGAUUCGUGGUGUUACGUGGAUCCAGAAUAGUGAUUCCAAGAAAUCUGAGGAAGCAGUGUGUACAGUUAGCUCACCAGGGUCAUCUAGGAAUCGUUGGGACGAAACAGCAGUUACGUACUAAAGUGUGGUGGCCUGGGAUGGACAAGGAAGUGGAGAAGUAUGUGAAAUCGUGUCACGGAUGUCAGAUUACCAGUGCGUUUCCGAAACCGGAACCAGUUAGUCCUACUCCAUUACCAACAGGGCCAUGGCAAGAAUUAGGUAUUGAUAUUCUUGGACCAUUAACAUCUGGACAAUACGUGUUAGUGGUUGUUGAUUAUUACAGCAGAUACUACGAGAUUGAAGUUACCAAGGAUAUUACAAGUGAGAAAAUCAUUGAUUUGCUGGAGGGAAUGUUUUGUCGACAUGGACUUCCAUUACAAAUAACUUCUGAUAAUGGACCCCAGUUCAGAUCUAAGUUAUUCAAGGAUUACCUGACAGAUAACUGUAUCAAGCAUCGAGCAGUUACACCGUUACAUCCGUCAGCAAAUGGGGAGGUAGAACGACAAAACAGAUCGUUGAUGAAAAGAAUUCGGAUUGCACAAGCCGAGUCUAAGAAUUGGAAGACCGAAAUCCGCAAAUAUCUAUUUGCAUACGGAACGACUCCUCAUACUACGUCAGGAGUACCACCUGCCGAGUUGAUGUUCCGUCGGAAGCUGAGAACAAAGCUACCGCAAGUGGAAAAUCUACAAGAAAACGACUAUGAUGAGGGAGUGCGCGAUAAGGAUGCGUAUUCUAAAUACAGGAACAAGAUUUAUAUCGAUGAAAAACGUGAUGCACAGGAGUGUGAUUUGGAGCUAGGAGAUUCAGUCCUCUUGAAGAAGGCGACCAAGGACAAAAUGGAUACACCAUAUCACGUGGAACCGUAUACACUCGUACAGAAAACCGGAAACAGCUGUGUUGUUAAAUCACCAGAGGGAGUGUUAGUGAAGCGAAAUAGUGAAUUCGUGAAAAAAUAUCAGGAACCGGAAAGUGUGUCCGAUAUUCCGGAGAAUCCGAGUGAUCUUAGUGAACCGAGUGUUGAGUCUAGUGCUAAUAGUGAUGAUGUUCCAUCCGCGGCUCCACUGGAUAAACUGAAAUGUUACAACAGCAGUGGAUUUUGUUACAUUAGUGCCCAAUUAUCCCCAAUCACAAAGUCAUUAACAGGAAAGACAAAAAAUGAGAGGGAGGGAAGCACUUACCAGAAAAAAGAAGGACCAGGGGGAUCAGGAGAGAGUAAGAAAAUUAAACAGAUGGAUCCAUGCUACGUAUUAGUAAAAGACUUAGAAAAAACUGAAGAAAAAACCCUCAGGAAACCAAGAGGAAUCUACCCCUGA